AGUGAACGAGUGGUGAAGAUAAACCCCUGAGCCUGCUGAUCCCUCCAGCCAAGCUCCCACCAUGGACCAGGACUACGAGAGGCGUCUCCUGCGCCAGAUCAACAUCCAGAAUGAGAACACCAUGCCCUGUGUGGCAGAGAUGAGGAGAACCCUGACUCCUUCCAAUUCUCCAAUGUCUUCUCCUAGCAAGCAUGGGGACAGAUUCAUUCCCUCAAGAGCUGGAGCCAACUGGAGCAUCAACUUCCACAGAAUCAAUGAAAACGAGAAAUCCCCAAGCCAAAACCGAAAAGCAAAGGAUGCCACAUCCGACAAUGGCAAAGAUGGCCUUGCCUACUCUGCCUUGCUGAAGAAUGAGCUCCUGGGAGCAGGGAUUGAGAAGGUGCAGGACCCCCAGACAGAGGACAGGAGGCUGCAGCCUUCCACCCCAGAGAAGAAGUCUCUCUUCACUUAUUCCCUGAGCACAAAACGUUCCAGCCCAGAUGAUGGCAAUGAGGUCUCACCCUAUUCCCUGUCUCCUGUCAGCAACAAAAGUCAGAAACUGCUAAGAUCACCACGAAAACCAACUAGGAAAAUCUCCAAGAUUCCAUUCAAAGUAUUGGAUGCCCCAGAGCUGCAGGAUGACUUCUACCUGAACCUGGUGGACUGGUCCUCUCUCAAUGUCCUCAGCGUUGGCCUUGGCACUUGUGUGUACCUGUGGAGUGCUUGUACAAGUCAGGUGACCCGACUGUGUGACCUCUCUGUGGAAGGAGAUUCCGUGACCUCCGUGGGCUGGUCGGAGCGGGGGAAUUUGGUGGCUGUGGGCACUCACAAGGGCUUUGUGCAGAUCUGGGAUGCAGCUGCAGGAAAGAAGCUCUCCAUGCUGGAGGGGCACACAGCCAGAGUGGGUGCUCUGGCCUGGAAUGCAGACCAGCUGUCCUCUGGGAGCCGGGACAGGAUGAUCCUGCAGAGGGACAUCCGCACCCCUCCCCUGCAGUCCGAGCGGCGCCUCCAGGGCCACAGGCAGGAGGUCUGUGGCCUCAAAUGGUCCACAGACCACCAACUCUUGGCCUCUGGAGGGAAUGAUAACAAGCUCCUCGUCUGGAACCACUCCAGCCUGAGCCCUGUCCAGCAGUACACAGAGCACCUGGCAGCAGUGAAAGCCAUUGCCUGGUCCCCACACCAGCACGGGCUCCUGGCCUCGGGCGGGGGCACGGCCGACCGCUGCAUCCGCUUCUGGAACACGCUGACGGGACAGCCCCUGCAGUGCAUCGACACCGGCUCCCAGGUCUGCAACCUCGCCUGGUCCAAGCACGCCAACGAGCUGGUGAGCACUCAUGGAUACUCCCAGAACCAGAUCCUGGUGUGGAAAUACCCCUCCUUAACUCAAGUAGCAAAGCUCACAGGACAUUCCUACCGAGUCCUGUACCUGGCGAUGUCCCCUGAUGGUGAGGCCAUUGUCACAGGAGCUGGAGAUGAAACCUUACGUUUCUGGAACGUCUUCAGCAAAACUCGCUCAACCAAGGUAAGGCCAUGGGAGUCUGUAUCUGUGCUCAACCUCUUCACCAGGAUACGAUAA